CAACUGAUGCGCCCGCCCUGCUCCUUGCAGGGCGGGUUGAAGAACGGACCGGCGGCUCGGACCGGCCAGCCGCCGGGCAACUGAUGCGCCCGCCCUGCUCCUUGCAGGGCGGGUUGAAGAGGGGCCCGGCGGCUCGGACCGGCCUGCCGCCGGGCAACUGAUGCUGCUUGCAGGGCGGGUGAAGAUGGGCCCCGCGGCUCGGCUCAUGGAGCCGCAGAACAGCGGCGGAAGAGCCGCAUGCGGCUCGCGAACCGCGGGUUCCCGACCCCUGAUUUAGAAGGAAGAAGUUAAGACAUGUCAGAGACAAUGGAAGGCUUGAAAUUGUUGCUGACAUCAGAUGUGUGAGUAAGGAAAGGAAUGGGGAAUGCUUCCUAUGGCUGAAAAACAGAUAGUUGUGGGAGCCUAUAUAGGUGUGCAUACAUAAAAGAAUGUGAAUUAAUUUCUGGUGAAUGGAGCACUGAACUGAGAGUAUCUUCUGGACUGCAGAGACCAUUCAUUGAAUUUUGGCUUGGCUUGCUGCCAAAACACUCGGGCAGUACCUUUUCUUCCCUUCUUUAAAGAUAUUUGAGUCAAACAAAAAGGUCGGUGGAACAGUCAUGCUACCUUCUUACUAAACUUUCCAGAAACUGAUAUUAUGAAGUCUACCCUCCAAGGAGGAACAGUGGAUUCAGAAAUUGUCUUGAUCUCCUUAAAAUUUUCUGUAGUUGAUUUUAAAAAAUAACUCAUAGAAUUAGAAUCUGCACAUUGCUUUGUCUGGUCUAUUAAAUCCAUAUUUUGUGGGUCAUAUUUUAUUUUUGUGGCCUAGCUUCAUUUUUUAAAUGACACGUAAGUAUUUUUGUCAUACAGACUAGUGAAGUAAAAAUCAACAUAACAGAAGAAAAUAUAUACAUUGGAAAAUAUUGGAAUGCUACUAAAUUGAAAAAAAUAUUUUUGAGUGCUUUGGGGUUGUUAUGUCUGAAGCAGGCCUGUUGGAAGAGGACAUCUGGCAGUACAAAUCUAUUGGAAAGCUAAAGACAGCAUGCCAAACUUCAGAAGUCAUCUAUACAAAUGUACAACAAUUAAAUGAUGGAACAACUAAGUCACAAAGAACCAGCAGCAGAAGUAGUAGGAAAAUAUCGAAAGGAAAAGACAAGUCUGAUAAACCAGUGCAACAGCCAAAGCAGAGGGGGAGUCAGAUGUUCUUAAAGCAAGAUCAGAAUGGUGGUGUUUCUAACUGUGACCAUGUUGUACAGUCCCAAGAAAAAAUAUCUUCAGCAAAAUCAAAGAAAAACUGUAAGAAGCAAAGCCCUGUAAAUGCACGUCCCAUGUAUGAAGGAUACUGCCCAAGUUGUCAGAUGCCUUUCACUUUGCUGUUGAUCCAGACACCUGAAUGGCAUGUUACUGAAUGUUUGGAUUCUGCAGGAACUUCUGAAAAAGGUACAGUCAUGGAGUGCCCUGAUGGCCUUCUGUGUACUUCAACUAUAGCUUCUCAUUACAAACGUUACAGUCAUUUCCUACUUGCUGCAAGCAGAGCAGAGGAUCAUCUGGAGGAAUUCUCAUCAUCUAACCUAGGAAACAAUCUCUUUGGUCCUGGUGCUUAUCAGUCCAUUAACUGUAGCAAUACCAUUGAAAACAGAGCAUUGAAGGACUCCGACAAGAACAUGGGAAACCCUCCAAACUGCUGUGUUUUGUUAGAUCAGAGUUUAUCAAAUGCCAAAUCUAUUUUGGAAAACAUUGAAGAUUUCCAUCAACACAGAAUUCAGUCCACAGGUGGUACAAAGCAGGUUGUGAGUCUGAGCCUUUUUUCUAAAGAAACCAACCAUGAUCUAGAAGGUCAGUAUGACUCACUUCAGUUGAACACACUAAUGUCUGAAACUCACUUUAGUGACUGUGACAUUUCUUACUCUCCUCUGAAUACAGAUGAAGAAAAAUCUACAGAAGAGGAAGGGGGUGGGGAAGAAGAGGAUGAAACUAAGGUAAAACAUCUCAGAAAAAGAUUAUUUGAUGACAAAAGCCCAGAAGACAAAAGUGGAAAAACUGGAAGCUGUGUGCUUAAUGAAACACUUGGUAGUACACAACAGAUGGAACUUAAGCAUGAUAGUGCUGAAAUUAUCAUCAGUGACUGCUAUGAAACUUCAAAUAUAGGGCCAAUUAUGGAUGGAGUUGCUAAGUCUCCUUCACAAGAUAGCAUUUCCAGAAGGAUUUUAAGUUCAACAAAUGAUCUUGACCUGAUAAAAUACACUACAGAAGAACUUAAUUCCCCUGUUGAUUGCAGGAAGAGUGGAGAGGCAUUUGAGAGCCUUAAACCUCGCUCUUCUAUGCAUAAUACAGAUGAAUGGGAGUGGGGCAACUCUAAUUGGAAAGUCAAGACAGAAUCUGCUGUUAAGAACAAGCUGUUGCCAUUGAAAUUAGCAGUAGAAAGUGUGAGGCCUUUUCAGCACCACCAAGCCAACUCUUUAGAAAGAACUGUCCCUGAUAGAUGUGGAAAUACCCUGUCUCAUAACAAUUCAUAUUUAAUCAUAGAAAAGAAAGGAAGGCUCAGUAAUACUGUAGCUAUGCCUGUUUUUCCUAGCACUGUUUCUCAAACAAUGCCACAUGUUUCUUCUGCAAAUCUUAAAGUUCAAGCCACUCCUGCCAAGGAACUUAAACAAAUGGACAUUGGUGUUUUCUUUGGGUUGCAACCGAAAGCAAAAAGGGAGAGUGACCAAAAGAAAAAUCUUUGUGAGAACACACAGACUUUGAGUCCAUCCAUUUCUGCAGGGAAAAGCUCCAGAUCUGGAAAGAGGAAAGCUGAAGGGUCAUUGGAAGAUUCAGCUGCGGUUACAGAAAGCUCAAGUAAAGCUGCCACCCCUGCAGAGCCAUCAUUUGGUGGACAGCAGUGGCGCCAUAAAAGAUUUAGAGAGCCAUGGCCUUCUGAAGGUGAAACAAGAAAAAAGACAUGUCCUUUCUAUAAGAAGAUACCAGGAACAGGUUUUGUAGUAGACGCAUUCCAGUAUGGUGAAAUUGAAGGAUGCACAGGCUACUUCCUCACACAUUUUCAUUCUGAUCAUUAUGGUGGCCUAACGAAAAAGUUUACAUUCCCAAUAUUCUGCAAUAAGAUAACUGGAAAUCUGGUGAAGAGCAAGCUUCGAGUACAAGAACAGUACAUCCACAUCUUGCCAAUGGAUACGGAAUGCAUUGUAAAGGGCAUCAAAGUGGUGCUGCUUGAUGCUAAUCAUUGUCCUGGUGCUGCAAUGAUCCUUUUUUCCCUUCCAAAUGGGACAGUUGUAUUACACACUGGAGACUUCAGAGCAAGUCCAUCUAUGGAGCAUUAUCCUUCUCUGAUUGGCCAGAAAGUUCACAGUCUGUACUUAGAUACUACGUAUUGUAGUCCUGAAUAUACUUUUCCUUCCCAGCAAGAAGUUAUUCAGUUUGCUGUCAAUGUUGCCUUUGAGACAGUGACAUUAAACCCCCGAACAUUAGUUGUUUGUGGCACAUAUUCUAUUGGAAAAGAAAAAGUCUUUCUAGCUAUUGCUGAAGUUCUGGGCUCAAAAGUGAGCAUGUCCACAGAGAAAUACAAAACUCUACAGUGUUUGGAAUCAGCAAAAAUAAAUUCCCUCAUCACCCUGGACUGGAACAGUACUGUGCUUCAUCUUCUACCCAUGAUGCAAAUUAAUUUUAAGGGUUUACAGAACCACUUGAACAAAUUCUCUGAGAAUUUUGAUCACAUUUUGGCCUUUAAACCCACUGGUUGGACCUAUUCAGACAGAUGCUGCUCUUUAAGUGAGAUCCAACCUCAGACCAGAGGAAAGAUCACUAUAUAUGGCAUCCCUUACAGUGAACAUAGCAGUUUCUUGGAAAUGAAGCGAUUUGUCCAGUGGCUGAAGCCUCACAAAAUUAUUCCUACUGUAAAUGUUGGCAGUUGGAAAGCCAGAAAUGAAAUGGAGAAGCAUUUUAGAGACUGGAAGAUGGGAGUUUCAUGGCAGAACUAGGAAGAAGAGUGAAAUUUAUACUACGGCACCCGUGUGCCUUACAUCCCAUUUGAAAUUUUCAGCCUUGGUCAGAAACAUACUUUCAAGCAGAAGCCUGUGGUAUGAAAUCAAUAUUCCACAUUUUCUCAUUGAUCCAAAUGCACCAAGAGGAAUAUAGCACGCAGUAGACAUGAUAUUGCGUCUCUGUUAUACCUUUUCAUUUACAGGCAGAGGAACAUAACUCUCAUGCAGUGUACCUCAGUAUACAAGGCAAUCGUAUUUUGUAACAUUACCAGCCAUUCCAAGUGAUGGUGGGGGGUGUUUCUGAUGAACAUAAAUUUGCUUCCCACUGAAUAUACUGGAAAAGAAGGUGUUCAUUCUCAUGCUACAAAACACUGCUACAUGUACCAUCUACAAAUAUAAGAAUGCGGCAUCCAAACAAGCCGCAAGAAGUGAUAAAAUCUGAAGAAUUAUUUCCUGAUCAGUUUUCUCUUAACAGAGGAAGGGAGGCUUGGUGGUGGCCUGCAGUUACAGCCUUUCAUGUGGUGGCCUCCUGGAACUACGGUAAAGCUCCCUGGCAUUCUGCAGUGUAUGUUGUUGUCCCUGGGCUGAGCAACAGCAUGAAGGUCUCAGCAAGCAAUUUCCAGCUGAAAGUUUUGUGGUUUCUUGGCAACUUAAGUGCUCACUCGCCAAAUAUAUUAGUUUCUAAGACAUGGGAACAAUAUCUACUACUCAAGAAAAAAAUGAGUAAAUAGCAAGGGAUUAUUUUAAAUUAUUAGCAUGGGGGAACAGUUUCCUAAAAUUUUACACAUCAAUUAUAUGUAGAUGACAGGGUAUUUCUAAACAUACUGGAUGCACUUGAGUCAGGAUUUUACUCCAAAGCCAUAGAAUAACAGGCUUCUUUCUCAGCAAUCAAGAGUCUAUAAACAACUUUUUAAAACUUAUUUGUAGAAUUCACAUCUUAACAAAGAGCUGACUAUUCUGCACUAAGCUUCAGAACAGAAUUGUUUUUAAAUAUUAUGCAUUAAUGUCAAGAUCUUCUGUAGGCUUAUAAAAAUUUAUUCAAAUUCAAUGUAUGAUUAUUUAAAUUUUGUAUGAAAGUUAUUAAUAAAAAUGUAUCAAAUGUAAA